CUUCAAACGGCACACCUUCGACGUCAUUUUCAACGGGUACGAACGGCAUUGGUGUACGAGUGCCAGUGCAUCCACCGCUAGCAUAUCGAAGAAGCCGCCGGAAGACGGUCCUCCGCAAUCGCAGCCCUACGCUGUCACCGAUACACGAGUCCGGCCUAUCGAAUCCGACCUCUCCCCUUCCCUGUCGCCACGUUUGUGCACCCAGCUCGGCGACGGCAAGCAGUGGCAGUACCAAUAACCUGUUGAUUCAUUCGCACGAUGGUGGCGGUGCCAGUGUCGGGGCUUCAUUUCAGGUAGCGACCACCGGUUACACCGAUCAGUCGCCAUGAAGAGCGGUUCGCUCUGGAGGAGUUAGAAAGAGGCUAUGUUAUUGUGCUACCCCCGUUGACGUUGAUAUACACAAAUAGUAGCUUGGCUUACCCCCUAGAUGUCGGACCGUGGUAACCGUUAGGUGCAAGAGUACAAGACUAGGCGAUGACGACGAGUUGAAUGCCAAGUGUAUUGAUUUAGUGAAGAGUAGAUAACAAAACAAGGAACAAAACAUGUUGCCGUCUGAUAGCAAAACAAAACAAAAGUCUAAAAUUGCUGGUUACAAUACGCAAGUAGAGUGAAAAAAAAAACCGGGAAUGAACGUAAACCUGUUAAACUGUUCCCCAGCUAAAGAGAGCAUAUUUUGUCGAAUACAACGAAUUUUCUUUCGAAACACCCCCGAAAACGUAAAUCAAAACGCGUCCGGCCAACGGUUAGCAGCGAACGAAAGCGAAAUAGAAAAAAAACUCCAGAUGUUUCUUUUAUACUAGGAAAAUUCUAACCAUAAUCGCCAUGUCAGUUAAAAUGGACGAAUUGUGAAAUCAAGGUAGGGUAGAGGAAAUUCGAAUCUUAUGUAUUUGGAGGGGUCUUUUUUGGUACAUGGCAGAUGGGACAGCGUUCGCAGUUCUGGUGCUCGCAUGCUCUGGUAGUAUACGCGUACGAGGCAUGCUAGGAUCUCGCAUGCUCCUUGCGAACAAGCAAGACUGACACAUCGAAUUCGCGGUAGACUGUAAAUCGCAGCAGGCGUAGUGACACACCUUCUGCCGACGAUGAAGCGACCGUGUUGUUUGUUAGGUUUACACGUUGGCUACGCGGUUGCUAGAGGACCGCGUGAUGAAUUGACGUACAGCGCAGCUGUUAGUGAGAUAUCCCUCCCCCACCCUGGCAGCCCUCUUUCACAUAUUCCAGUACGCGUGCCUGUCUAUGUAUGUGUGUGUGUGUGUCCUCUGUUCUUUCUCUGCUUAAACUACACUCUAUAUCUGUGUACAGCCAUUCUUUUUCUCACUUCCGCGAACAUUAGAAACUAUCCAUACCAUGGGAUGUUAUGCUGCCCAUAAAUGGAUCAUCAGCCCUUUGUCGAAAAAACGUGCAACUGACAAAAAAUUGUUCUUUCACAUUGAAUCGACUUGGUAAACAAGUCAUCAAAAGCAUAAUCAAAAGCAAAUUUCUCCUAAAGCGCAAAUAGUAGAUCAACUACUAACUGAUAUGCGUCGAUCUAUGCUUGAACAAACAACAAACAUAACAGUCACAGCUUGUUAUGUGAUACCAUGCUGUAGAAUGGUCGGUUUGCUAUGAUUCAAUUUGGAUCUAAUUUAAAGUUGUGCCAAGCACCUGGCCAUCUAUUGAAAUCUACGGAAAAAAUCGAUAUUGUACUCCAUAAUAUCUUCUGUUUCAUCAUUGUUGCAAUCAAAUCUUCAAUUCCAUUUCCAAUAAGAGCAGAUACUAUUUCGCAGCCUUAUCUCACUGUUACGAAAAACUCGCAUCGGGAAGUUAUGGGUUGUAUGGACAGUAUCCAUCACAGAAGGAGUAAACCAACUGUUAUGGUCCAUUUUGUGUCACAAGCAUAUUAAGCUGCUUUAUCUGUCGUGUGGGAUGUAUGUAUCCGUGUAUGUGCGUGUGUGUUUGUGCAUCAUCCACCACAGGAACAGUACCAUUGGACGGAAUCGAUCACCUGAUACAAUAAUCCACUUUCCGAUCGCAGGAGGAAACACACACAGCCUCCAGUAGAUAAGUUAAAGAGCUACGCUUUCGGUGUGGGCACGCGCUGUCGUAUGUUGUAUGGUGUGAUGAUGAGACGAACGACUCUGGUGGUGCUAAAAUAUGAUAAACGGGAGACACAGAUUUAGUGUAACCAUUGAUACGUUAGGGCAUAAAGGCAGCCGAUGGAAACAGAUAGUUACCCUCUAGCUACGGAGCCGAAUAGCAAAUAAUCGUGUUAUCGUGCUUGCAGACCCGAAAUGAUCCCCCACUGCAGUCGGUGGGCGCGGAAUUGAAGGAGCCAACCCACAGUAUCGCAUCGAGUGAGACAAAGGAAACGGGGGUGAUGUGUGUGUUUGUGUGCGCGACAGUCCUGAUAAAAGAAUGUGUGAAUCUCUCGCAUUAAAACGGAAGGAAAUGUGCUGGAUCGUUGAAAAGCGAUAAAAAGUGCGUGGUUUAGCCGCGAGAAGCGUGUGUUUUUUGUCGAAUUUUACCGUUCGUUUUUUUUUGUUCUGUUUGUAUUUUGUAAUGCUUGCGGUGAAACGGUGCAUUGGUACAAUGAUGAGCAACGGGGCUCUCGGGGUGGGGUAGGUAUAUAAAAAAGGAAAAAAAUGAGUGAAUUGGAAGGGGCAGAGAUCCAGCAACAGUUUGCUGGUAGUAAAUGUAAAAAGAUAUAGUUGAUGCAACAGUGGUUAACGAAGCGUUCGAUGCACCGCACGUGGAACAGAGGAUUACUUGAGUGGUGGAGUGAGUGAUGUUGGGAAACAUAUUAUAUUAUACAGUAAUAAUAAAUAACUGUUUAUUUGAGAAGAGAAGUACGGUGAUAACGCUUUUCAGAUGACAAUUCGUUCUUUGAUGACAGUUUGAAGCAAAACGGAGGCAGCAUAAAACGGCCAUGGCAUAACUGCUUUUCCAAUUAGAAAUCGACUUCGAAGGAAAUUUUCAUUGGCAAUUCCAACAAUCGUUUUUGGCGACCCUGAUCGAGAGCACUGUUUGCAAAAGUUCAGCUCGAAUCCCUUCAAUUAUUAGAAUUAAUUCAUUUUCUUUACGAACUUCCCUUAGGCCAACGGGAAAUAGCCUCGCCUCCCGGUAUGGAGUUUUCUUCCUAUCGGUGCAAAGUUCGCGGAGAGCUCUACGUUCGUUCUCAUGCUUUACAGUCCCCAUCGGCUCGAUGAAUCCAUUUGUGAAUCGGACGGAAGCAGAGUGUGCAACCCCGGGUGCCGCUGUCGCCUUGCGGCACGAAUUCGCCUUCAUUUGAUCGACCUUAUUGGUUCGAAGGGGUCCUUGGAAAUGUUUGAACCAAGCGCACUUGGCCUCUCGAGGAACGCAAACACUAUCCGGAGCGCUCCGAUCGUUCUCUUCCACGCCCAUCUCUACGUUCAUUCGAUAGUCCUUAGUCAAUCUAC